GAGUCGCGGGCGCAGCGCGGGAAGUCCGGAUGCUGAGCACCGGUGGCUGCCAGAGCAUGAGUUUAGAACGCGAGCUUCGCCAGCUGAGCAAGGCCAAAGCCAAGGCCCAGAGCGGCGGGCAGCUGCUCGAGGAGGCCGCCUGCUGCCACCAGCUGGGGGAGCUCCUAGCCAGCCAUGGCCGCUACGCAGAGGCCCUGGAGGAGCAUCGGCAGGAGCUGCAGCUCCUGGAGAGCGCUGGCGACCCCCUGGGUUGCGCCGUGGCCCACCGCAAGAUUGGAGAGCGUCUGGCAGAGAUGGAGGACUACUCAGCUGCCUUGCAGCACCAGCACCAAUACCUGGAGCUGGCCCGUUCCCUGUCCAACCACACUGAGCUGCAGAGGGCCUGGGCCACUAUUGGGCGUACCCACCUGGACAUCUAUGACCACUGCCAGCUGAGGGACGCCUUGCUGCAGGCGCAGGCUGCCUUUGAGAAGAGCUUGGCUAUUGUGGAUGAGAAGCUGGAGGGGACAUUGGCCCAGAGGGAACUGAACGAGAUGAGGACCCGGCUCUACCUCAACCUGGGCCUCACCUUUGAGAGCCUACAGCAGACAGCCCUGUGCAAUGACUACUUGAGGAAGAGCAUCUUUCUUGCUGAGCAGAACCACCUCUAUGAGGAUCUGUUCCGUGCCCGCUACAAUCUGGGCACCAUCCACUGGCGCGGAGGACAGCACUCCCAGGCCAUGCGCUGCCUGGAGGGGGCCCGGGAAUGUGCACGCAGCAUGAGGAAGUGGUUUUUGGAGAGCGAGUGUUGUGUGGUGAUCUCGCAGGUCCUCCAAGAUCUAGGGGACUUUUUGGCUGCUAAAAGAGCCCUAAAGAAGGCCUACAGGCUGGGCUCCCAGAAGCCUUUGCAGAGGGUGACUGUCUGCCAGAGCCUCAAGUAUGUGCUGGCAGUGGUCCAGCUGCAGCAACAGCUGGAGGAGGCCGAGGGCAGUGACCCUCAGGGUGCUAUGGCCAUCUGUGAGCAGCUUGGGGACCUGUUCUCCAAGGCGGGCGACUUCCCCAAGGCAGUUGAGGCCUACCAGCAGCAGCUGCAUCUUGCCAAGUUGCUGAACAGACCAGGGGCUGAGCUGGCCGUCAUCCACGUGUCUCUGGCUACCACACUGGGAGACAUGAAGGACCACCGCCAGGCCGUGCACCACUAUGAGGAGGAACUGAGGCUGCGAAACGGCAAUGCCCUGGAGGAGGCCAAGACCUGGUUCAACAUUGCACUGUCCCGUGAGGAGGCUGGCGAUGCCUAUGAGCUACUGGCACCAUGCUUCCAGAAGGCCCUCAGCUGCGCCCGGCAGGCCCAGCGACCCCAGCUGCAGAGGCAGGUCCUGCAGCAUCUCCACACUGUGCAGCUGAGGCUGCAGCCCCAAGAGGCUCCUGGCACUGAAACCAGACUGCGGGAGCUGAGUGUGGCUGAGGACGAGGAGGAGGAAGAAGAGGAAGAGGAGGAGGCAGUGGCCAGUGAGGCCCUGGAGGCCAGCGAGGUGGAGCUCUCAGAGAGCGAGGAUGACACUGAGGGCCUGUCCCAGCUGCCGGAGGAGGAUGAGGAGCUGCAGGUCCACCGGGGCCGGCGGAAGGUGAACAAGUGGAACCGGCGCAAUGAUGUAGGAGAGACCCUGCUGCACCGAGCCUGUAUCGAGGGCCAGCUGCGCUGCGUUCAGGACCUUGUGGCACAGGGCCACCCCCUGAACCCUCGGGACUAUUGUGGCUGGACGCCACUGCAUGAGGCAUGCAACUACGGGCAUCUGGAGAUCGUCCGCUUCCUGCUGGACCAUGGGGCCGCGGUGGAUGACCCAGGCGGCCAGGGGUGCGAGGGUAUCACCCCCCUGCACGAUGCUCUCAACUGUGGCCACUUCGAGGUGGCCGAGCUGCUCAUUGAACGGGGGGCAUCCGUCACCCUGCGAACCAAGAAGGGCUACAGCCCUCGGGAGACGCUGCAGCAGUGGGUGAAGCUAUACCGCGGGGACCUGGACCUCGAGACGCGGCAGAAGGCGAGUGCCAUGGAAAGGCUGCUCCAGGCAGCAUCCUCAGGCCAAGGCAAGCAAGAGCCCCACAGUUCCCAGGGCCCCUGGACCAUCCCACGUAAUCAUCUUUUUGACCCUGAGACCUCUCCUCCCCUGAGCCCCUGCCCAGAACCCCUCUCUCAUACCCCUAAACCCCCAGAGGCCUCUCAGGCCCGUGUCAGGGUCUCCCCAGGGCAGGUGGCGCCAGCUGUGGCCAGGCCUCGGAAAAACAGGCGUGGGCCAUCCAGCAGCAGCAGCUCAGAGGACGAGGACAGCAUGGGCCCCCCUUGGCCAUCCCAGAAGAGGCCUCGGUGCUCUGCCCCGGCACAGCAGGCUGAGGCCUGGAUGCCUGGCUCUGCCAGCAGCAGGGAGGCAGCUGAGGUGGGCACCGGGCCGGCAGCCUACCAGGCAGCCAUCCGAGGUGUAGGCAGUGCCCAGAGCCGCCACCUGGGGCCUGGCCCACCUUGGGGCCAGAAGGAAGCCCCUACCCCCCAGACAGCACUCAUCCCUGAGGAAGAGUACCUGGCUGGGGACUGGCUGGAGCUCGACGUGCCCCUGACCCACAGCCACCAGGGCAGCCGCCGGCCCCGCCACCAGGGCAGCGGGGAGAGCAGCAGGUCCAGGACCUCAGGGUCAGACGUUGAGGAGCGCCCCAUCAGGCCCCGAGCCUGGGCCAAGCAGACCCGCCUGACCUGUCUCGAGAGUCGGAGUGCACCUGUCCAGGCAGGGGACAGCAACUUGGCUGCAGAGUGCCCAGAGAGCUCUAGUGUCCCCAGGGACAUGGGGCCUGGUGGGGACAGUCCUGCAGUAGGCCAGCCCUCGGGUUCUGUCCUACCCCCUCCUAUCCGGGUUCGAGUUCAAGUUCAAGAUAAUCUCUUCCUCAUUCCUGUCCCACAUAGCAGCGAGCCCCACUCCGUGGCCUGGCUGGCCGAGCAGGCAGCCCAGCGCUACUGCCAGACCUGUGGGUUGCUGCCACGGCUCACCCUACGGAAGGAGGGGGCCCUGCUGGCCCCACAGGACCCCAUCCCAGACGUAUUGCAGAGCAACGAUGAGGUGUUGGCUGAAGUAACCUCUUGGGACCUACCCCCGCUGGCUGAUCGCUACUGCAGGGCCUGCCAGAGCCUGGGACAAGGGGAGCACCCGCAGGUGCUACAGGCUAUGGAGCGCCAGGGCUCAGGCCCCACGUUCAGUGCCUGCUCCCUGGCCCUGCGUCAGGCCCAGCUCACACCUUUGCUGCGGGCCCUCAAGCUACACACAACACUCCGGGAGCUGCGCCUGGCAGGGAACCGGCUGGGGGAUGGAUGUGCCGCUGAGCUGCUGGCCACCCUGGGCACCAUGCCCAGCCUAGUCCUCCUCGACCUCUCCUCCAACCACCUGGGUCCCGAAGGCCUGCGCCAGCUUGCCAUGGGCCUCCCGGGCCAGGCCACCUUGCAGAACUUAGAGGAGCUGGACUUAAGCAUGAACCCCCUGGGGGACAGCUGUGGCCAGGCCCUGGCCUCCCUUCUGCUGGCCUGCCCCUUGCUCAGCACCCUGCGCCUGCAGGCCUGCGCCUUUGGCCCCAGCUUCUUCCUGAACCACCAGGCAGCUCUGAGUAGCGCCUUCCAAGAUGCUAAGCACCUGAAGACCCUGUCCCUGUCCUACAAUGCCCUGGGGGCCCCCGCCCUGGCCCGGGCCCUGCAGAGCCUGCCUGCCUGUGCCCUCCUACACCUGGAGCUCAGUUCCGUGGCAGCUGGCAAGAGCGACUCAGGCCUUGUGGAGCCCGUGAUCAGAUACUUGACCAAGGAAGGCUGUGCUCUGGCCCACCUGACCCUGUCUGCAAACCAUCUGGGUGACAAGGCUGUGAGAGACCUGAGCAGAUGUCUCCCUCACUGCCCCUCACUCAUCUCGCUGGACCUGUCUGCCAACCCUGAGAUCAGCUGCGCCAGCCUGGAGGAGCUCCUGUCCACCCUCCAGAAGCAGCUCCGAGGCCUUAGCUUCCUUGGCCUGUCAGCCACACCAGGGCAGUCCCCUACCUAAGCUGUCUGGAGGACAACCCCAGGAGAGGUACAUUGAUGAAUUGGCCAGCCAGGAGCCUGGCAUGCCCAGCUGAGGUCUGGGAGGAGAACACCAGGUUCUGCUCUCCAGGGGACAAGGGCUGGAAGUAGGUGUGUGUGAGGGGAGCCCCUGGGUUCUUCUUGUGCCUCCCCCUUCACCCCAUGGGUCUAGGCUGCCUCCUCCAGGAAGGCAGGUUGGUGGAGACGUGUACCCAGCUGGGGUCUGCUCCCCAGGCUCCUGGGCUCCUGGCAUCUGUACUCUCUCACCCAGCCCCCAAGUUCCAGAGCCUACAGGAGCUUAGUGUCCUCCUGAGCCACGCAGGCCCAAGAUGUACAGAUUUGCAAGAAGCGCUAUUAUGUCCGUUUUAUGGAUGGGGAGACUGAGGUGUAGUCAUAGACUCGGAGGUCAGGGCACUGGGAGAUGGGAACACAGCAGUAUUUGAGCUACCUUCCUCCUGCCUGGCCACUGGCUGCACAGAGGAGCCCACUCUCCUUCCUUGAGUGUGUGAUGGAGCCUUUGCUGGGGUGUGCCCACAGCACCCAGCUCUAGCCCCAAGGACCUCAGAGGAAGUGUGUUGUUUCCCAAGGGCCAUGCUAAUAAAACGUAGGCUUUGGAGUCCCAUGGGCCUGCCGUUGGCACCGGACCGUCACUACCUCCUGUAGGGCUGAGACCUGCCCUCUGCCCCUGUGCAGGCUGCGCCCUCCAGGGCCCCCUGGGCCUGGGGCUCUGGGACAAGACCACCGUGCAGCUGCAGGAGCUGCAGCUCUGCAGCAGACGCCUCUGCGC